CUCGAAAAUAUUUAACAUGCCGUCCAUGGUCGAUGCAGACGCUGAACGCCGGUUGUCGAACGAUCCCGUAACGUGAAAAAUAUUCGCGGACUACACAAUCAUCAGUAGUCGUGUUUCGGACAUCGAUUAAUUAAACGAUUCGCUUAAGUUUUCUUGAACGACUUUUCUUGUGGAAAACCAUGUGGAAUAUAGAGUCCUCGUUCAUACUGUUACUUCUUGCCAUAUGUUUUGCCAGCGGCAUUAUCGGACAUGAUAACCCAUCAAACCAACAAUACCAUAUUCAAACUGACGAAGGUCCAGAAAGAUACUUCCGAUAUCAAACAUUGAGUGGACAAUUCCGGAAAGAAAAAAGGUUGGAAGAUGGAACAGUAAUUGGGACUUACGCAUGGAUCGAUGACGACGAGACCACGCAGGUUACAGAAUUACAAAAAGCAAAAAUCUGUACGUGGGACGUAACAUACCUGUGGGAGAAGCAGUAAAGCUGGCCAAAAAAUAUACUUCGUCUGCUGACACGUUGAUAUCGUUCAAACCACGUCCGUCGGGUGUUAACAAUGAAUACAACCAGGCAACACAAAAAGUUAUUCCGGUACAGCAUUCUACUCCCGUUCCACCCAUCUCGACGGCAAUCACUCCAUGUGCAUCUUGUGCUAUUUCACCAACGACCUACAAACCCGAUGUGGCACAUUUCGUAUCUUCCACUAUUGGACCUCAUGUAGAAAUAUCAAAUAAUGCUCUGCCAAUUUCUACCAGUCUUCCAAUUUUGAGUUCUACUGAAGCGCCUUUAGUCGACAUAACUCCUGGAGGCAUUUCUAGUCUGUUGGGGGUACUUAGCAGUACUGUUCGCCCGUCUACAACAGGACUUCCUUUGGAAUACCUCAAAACAAGUGCCCAAGCAGUCAACGACUUACAGUUCCCGGAAACAUCAACUGAUAAAUCAUUUUCUGCGGGUGUUAAAUUUGCUGCUUCGCCAUACGAUGAUUUGCCUGCUUACAACGAAAGGGAUCAAAAUUCCUUAGAUUAUAACAGCUAUGUAAAUCCCCUUAAUCAAGGAGUGUUUUUUCAAAAUGGACCAACUUAUCCCAUAGAUCGCAACGGACAUACGUAUAGAGGGAACAAACGAUUUUCACAGUCGAGAACUGGAAACGGUUAUGACGGUCAGCAUACUGAAUAUGAUGGCGUGUCUGUCACUAAUGAUGGCUUUAGAUAUUAUAUUCCAAGAGCCUACCACGAAGAAGAAACGAACCGAGAUAACGAGAAAUCCGGCAGUUUUGGCUACAUUGAUCCCUUUGGAAUUAGAAGGGUAAUUUACUAUAAUGCUAAGCCAGGGCAAGGUUUUCAACAUCGGAAGAACAACAGAUAUGUUGGAUUUGAUGCAACUCCUUAUGACCCAAGACCAUAGUGAAUAUGCCCGAAAGGGUUUUUUAUUACUGCCAUAACAUGGAUACGAUUCAUAAGAUUAAUAGUCUUGCCAAAAUAUCGAGCUGUAACUUUGAUAUGUUCUAGACUCAAUUUUGCUAGAAAUAAGGAAUAUUUUUAAUGUAGGUCCGCAUAACUUUUACUAAUAAAUUAACUAAUCCGAAUUAGCAACCCAAGCAUUUCAAAAUAUGGAACUGUUUCUUGUAAUCAUUGGCAUCGUAUGGGUAGUAAGUUAGAUAUUACACAUGCAUGCAAACGGCAUGAACCCCUUUAGAAAGACUAUGUUGUUGUGUUUAAUUGUUAAUGAUUAAUUUAUUAAACUAUUUUAAUGCUUGUUGCUGUGUUUAAUAGAUGCUAGCAAUAAAUAGAGUAUAGAUAUUUAUUUUCACUAUCAUUCUAUAGGUGCCAUUAUGCAGAUGGGUCCCUAGAAUUAAAACACAUUUUUAUUCCUAUUGUGAACUCUAGUCCAUAAAAGAAUUGUAUUUAUUCAAAAGCUUGACCAUUUGUAUCUACUGAAAGAAACACACCAUAUGAGAAUAGGUCAAAUUCCUAAUAUUCCCGAAUUUGAAACAUAUUAUUACUAAUUGUAACAAAAAGUGUUAGAAGUGGCGCUUUGAAACCUGUAUUAAAGCGCAAAUUACGUAUCUAUUGCAGCUUUAUUGUAACUUAUUAUUUUGUCCGAUCUGAGCUGUUAAUGUACGAAAACCGCUACUUAAUUUCUAUGUAUAAUUUUGUUUCAAGACGGCAUUUUUUUAUUAGCUACACUUAUCUGUAAUAAUUCAUUUAAUCCAAAUUAUCAAAGUAAAUGAUGGUAAAAUGGUAGAGAAGUCCAAAUAGACUACAUGAUCAUCAAAUAUGAACUUGUGAUGACAGUCCAGUCGUAGAACUACACAUUUGGUGCGAUAUAUUUUAGAAUUUAGUAAAACUACGUAUAAUGGUAUAUAGUAGUUUUUAACCAAAUUAAAUAAAUAUGUUAUUAAUUUCA